AUGCGCGCUCGCGACGACUUAUCAAUGGAGAAUCUUGAGGACUCAUGUGCAUCACUCCGAACGCAGAUUGCGGCCAUCGAAGCCCAGCUUGAAGGGCUCAAGCGCGACCUUGCCAACGCCGAAGCCGCAGUCAAGUCCGAAGCAGACUCAACGGGAAAGCCUCAUGAAGGCCAGAAUGAUGCCGGAAACCGCUGGCCGCUGCUACCGGAGGAAUACAAACGAUACGGAAGGCAAAUGAUCGUAUCGCAAAUCGGUCUACGAGGGCAACUCAAGUUGCGCGCCGCUAAAGUCUUGCUCGUUGGAGCCGGUGGUCUGGGAUGUCCUGCUGCACAGUACCUUGCUGGCGCUGGUAUCGGAACCCUGGGUCUGAUUGACGGCGACACGGUCGAGAUCUCGAAUCUACAUCGGCAGGUGCUGCACCGUGGAAAGAAUGUGGGGAAAUACAAGGUGGACAGUGCGAUUGAGGCUCUACGAGAAUUGAAUCCCCAUCCAACGUACAUUGCGCAUCGAACACACCUCACGCCCGAGGAAGCGCCUGCCAUCUUCGAGAAAUAUGACCUUAUUCUUGAUUGUACGGAUAACCCGGCGACGCGAUACCUGAUCUCGGACACUGCUGUGUUGAUGGGUAAAUCAUUGGUGUCGGCGUCUGCUUUGCGAACGGAGGGUCAGCUCAUCGUAUUGAAUAAUCCUCCGCGACGGCCGGGUGAGAAAGAUGGUGGUCCUUGCUAUCGCUGUGUAUUUCCAAAGCCCCCACCGGCCGAUAGCGUUGUCAGUUGUGCCGACGGUGGUAUCAUUGGACCGGUCGUUGGAACCAUGGGGGUCUUACAAGCGCUGGAGGCGAUCAAAGUGCUUACUGCGCCGGAGACCGAUACGGCAGCAGAUGGCAGUGCACCCCGCGAGGCUCCUGUGAUGCAAAUCUUCUCCGCAUUCUCAAAUCCCCAAUUCCGUUCGAUUCGGAUUCGUUCUCGCCGCGCUAACUGUGCAGUAUGCUCUGCCGAGGCCAGCGUGACACUUGAUACUAUCGCGUCGGGAUCCACAGAUUAUGUAUUCUUCUGUGGCUCAGCGACAGCGUCAUCGCUGCUGGGCCCCGAUGAGCGCGUCUCACCCGAGGAGUAUCGUGAGAAGCACCCGUUGAUCAACACCCGGACAAAUGGGGAGCCCGAGGGCUCACAUACAGUCAUUGACGUGCGAGACAAGGCACAAUUCGGAAUUUGCAACCUGGAAAACAGCAUCAACAUCCCCAUUUCCAAUUUCCUCGCCUCUGCGCCACUUUCAACAGCCGACCUCAAAGCCAGUCAACUUCCGUCAUGGCUGCCAUCAGAACUGGCCUCUCCCGAAUCCAAUGAGCCAAUUUAUGUGGUCUGCCGUCUUGGAAACGACUCCCAAAUCGCAGUGAAGAAAAUGAAAGAGCUCGGUCUCGAUCGAAACGGCCAAAGGUACAUCGGAGAUAUCCGCGGCGGGUUCCGCGCAUGGCGUGAGCAGUUAGAUCCAGACUGGCCCGAAUACUAG